GAUCGGCCUAUGCGCCUCGUGCUUCUUCAGCCUUGCGCAUUAUAGCCUGAAGAACAUGACGCACGGCUACCGCCAGAGAUGGACACCUGGGUCAACCGGCUGAGCAAAGCUGACAAGGAGAAGAGUCCAAUCCUCGUCAGAGUUUCACGGAAAGAAGGUGGGCAUGACCUUGAUCUUGAUCUUCUCGCCACAGAUGGCGACGCUGCAUACACUGGAAAAGUCCGAGCGCGGAAUCUGAAAAGAUUGCGAGCGAAAAACUAUGACGGUAACGAUGAUGACUGGACAUCGAUCCUAUCUUACGUAUUUGGUGUCAAAACAUCGUCCAAAGUCCCUGCAGCACACCGAGAGAAUCUUGACGUACAAUGUUCUGUAUCUGGCAAAGAUCCUAAUGGCACCCUGUCAAUAAUCCUCCGGAACAAGGUCGAAGAUAUCACUCAACAACUCGGAAGUAUUGAUCUGCCUCAAACCGAAGAGACCGAUGACAUUGACCUGUUCGGAUGGACUGUGCAAGCAAUCGACAAACGAGAUGAGCUGGAACUCACGAACACAGACCUGCAUGAGAAGGUGCAGGCUAAGAAUGAGACUGUGACAUCCCUGCAGAAGCAGAUAGAUGAGCUGGUGCAAGCGAAGGCUGAACAUGAGCACCAGACUCUCGCAAAGUUUGCAGUCCUUUUGAACGAGAAGAAGCUCAAGAUCCGAAACCUGCAAAGAGUAUUGUCCACAGCUCAGGCAGAUCCCAAAAAGCUGAAAGAGCUACAGGCGGUCAUUGGAGAUGAAGCGCCUUCGCGAGGCGGGCGCGGGUCGAAGAGACGAGCAAAGAAACGUGGACAAGAUGAAGACAACGACGACAGUGAAGGCUUCGAGACUAUGGAUAUAGACCCUGUGGUCAACAACCCAGAUAAGCCAGUGUCGCCUGAAUCCGGUCGUUCGACGCCGAGUCGAGCAGCCUCAGAGACUGAAGAUGAAGAGGAGAAUUUAGAUGCUCCAGUCAUGUCACAACAACGACCUCAAACCAGGGCUAUAGACUCUGCAAACAGGAAGAAAUCACCCAGUCCCCUGCCACCGCCUCGGGAACUACCUUUCCAGAGAAAAGGUCAGAGCAAAGGAAGCAAGGUAGAUCCGACGCCUGGACCACUGCCAGCAGGGGAUGAUGACGAGGAAACAGCUAGCGAGAUUGAAGAGUUAUGAGCAUACGAGACAGUAAUGUCCUAUCUUUUGGCCAUGAGGGGAUAUGCAAUGAGA